AAAUUUUAUUUUUACUUUAAUAAAUAAUAAUAACAAUAAAAUAAUAAUAAUAAAAUAAUAAUAAUAUUUAUAAUUUAAAUUUUUAUAGUUUAUAAAAAUGGCAACUACUACUAAAAGAGGUAGUAGAUCAACUACAAUAGAAACAUCUAAAUCAACAAAUACAGCAUCAAGAAAAAGAAAGGAGAUGGAAGAAGAAGAGGAAGAAGAUGAAAAUAUGCAUGAUAAUCAAGAUGACAGUGAUUUUGAAAGCGAGGAAAUCGAAACCGAGUUUAAAAUUAAAGAUACUAAAAAACAAAAGAGAGCUCCAGCAAAACCAAUAAAGCCAGCAUCAAAAGCAAAUUCAAAGGCAACUUCGACACCAACAAAGCCAACCGCAAAAGCAACAGCAAAAGAAUCCGAAAAGCAAAAACAAGCAUCAAUUGUACAACCAACAGCAUCACAAUCUACAUCAUCACAACAAGCACCAAAUAAGAGAUCAGUCUCAUCAGCCCAACCACAAAAAAAAAAAGAAUCUAAAAUUAAAUAUAACUUAAAGCCAUUUAAUACCGAUAGAUUAGCAGAAUACGAUAAGCAUAUGAAUGAUGAAUCAUUAACAAACGAGAAGAUUAUUAAAAGAUUAAAAAAAUUAGACGAAUUUUUACAAGAUAAAAAAAGAACUGAUGUUGAGGGAUUGGAAUUGGUUUUAAAUGUUUUAGUCGACAAGAAAUAUUUAGAAAAUAAAAAUUUUGAAAUUAAAUUAAUGACAUCAUGUUGUUUAGCCGAGGUUUUUAGGAUCUAUUCACCAACUAUUCCAUUCGAGGCAAAUAUGGUCAAAGAAGUAUUCAAAUUAUUUAUAUUUAUGAUAUUAUCAGCAGAGCAGGUAGAUAAGAAACUCUUCCCAUUAUAUUUUCAAAUGUUGGAAAGAUUAUCAGUAUUAAAGGUGUUUGCAUUGUUGGUAUUGGUAGAUUCAGAUAUGAUACCAAAAUUUUUCAAAGAUUGUAUCUCAAAAGUAAGCGGUGAUCAACAACAUCAAACCAUGGAUACAAUGAUGUUAACAAUUUUAAAUACAACCUUAGAGUCAUUAGAAGAGGUACCAAAUCAAUUAUGGAAUAUUCUUUUAGAAUCAUUGGUUGAGCACGAGAAAGGUGGUGUACCAACUCCAAAAGCACUCUUUACACGUGACCUUAUUGAAAUUAAUUCUCAUUUCUUGAAGAUCCAUUUCGAUUUAUAUUUGCAAGAUUUAUUAGAUCCAGCAGCAAACGAUCCAUCCAACACUAUCUCCUCACUUGUAAAGAAAAAGAAAUAUGAAAUCCUUACAACAAUGUUCAAAAUCUCACCACCAUUCAUUUUCCAUGCCCUUCCCGCACUAGAGUUUGAUUUAGAAGAUAGUAGUGCUAGUGUUAGAAAGAAUGUUGUUAAGGUCUUAAAAAAUUGUUAUACCGAUAGUAGUGAAACCGCCGAUGUUUUAAUUCAAGAAAGACCAACCCUUUACACAACAUUUCUUAAUAGAUUCCAUGAUGUUGAGGCAGACAUUCGUAUGCUAAUGAUGGAUUUCUCAGAGGAGUUUAAAACUAAAUCAAAGUUGGAAAUUGAACGUGUAGUCAAAAUUGUUCAUGAACGUUUUAGAGAUAGCGUCGCAUUAAUUAGAAUCAAGGCAAUUGCAGUUUUCCAACAAUAUAUUUCAAGUAAUCCCGAAUUCGCAACACAGGAUCUCAUGUCAGAAUUUCUUGAAAGAAUUAAAGAUAAAGAGGUAGAGGUACGUAAGCAAGCAUUGGUUUCAAUGGCAAAUCUUUGGUUAUCAAUUCGUCGUUCUAAAGGUCCAGUUGAAGAGUGGCCAAGUAGCUUUUAUGAUAGCUUUGCAAAUAUUCCAAAUACAAUUAUUCAAAGUUUCACAUUAUUUGAUAAUGACAAAUUUAGAGCAGAAAUUACUUUUGAUAGUGUUCUUUUACCACAAUUUACAGAUACCAAGGGCAGAAGUGAAGUAUUUUUAGAAAUUUAUGAUUCUUUAGAAGAAUCAUCAAAACAAUUAUUAAAAAAAUAUUUUGAAGAAAAGAAGAUCCUUAGACAAGAGUUUAUGACAUUUUAUAAUUUAAUUAGAAACCCAAAACCAGCCUCAACUCCAUCAAAACAAACAGCACAACAACAAGCUGCCGAUGAAUACCAAAUCGAAGCUCAAAUGACACUUUUAGCAAAUCUUUUACCAAAAUUCAAAACCGAUCAUCCAAAGAAAUUAUUACGUGAAUUAAUGACCAAGAAAAAAAUUUUCGAUUCAUUAUCUUUAUCAUGCGAUAUUAAUACAACACCACAGAAAAGAUAUGAAAUAAGGGUUGAGAUUUUAAGUAAAGCAAAUGAUGAAAGCUCAUUUUCAGAAUUUUUAAAGUUUUUAGUAAACAAAUUAUCAUAUUUAAUCAUUGGCAAAGAGAAUGUUAAAUAUUUUAUUAGAUCUUUAAGAGGUGAAUUAAAUAUGGAUAAUUUCGAUAAAGAUAAAAAGAUUAACCUUUUGGAAGAAUUUGACGAAAAAGAUUAUGAAAAAGAAUUAAAGAAGCCCAAGGUUGCCAUGGAAGUAUUGUUAAUGUUGUCACAAAUCUAUCCAGAUAUAUUUGAUCAAUACGGUGACCAAUUAAUCGAGUUUUUAACCUGCUCAAAAUCAAUUGUUUAUCCAACAUUACAAAUUUUAUUAAGUUCAACAAAAGCAAUUAAAUUUAAUCCAAAUUCAUUCAAAAGUAUGUUGGAGCUUUUAUUAAAGUUAACAGAGGUUCAACAACCAGUAUUAGCUCGUUUGGCCUUCAAAACAUAUAUUAAAUUUGCAACACCAGCUCUCACAUCAACAACAAACGGAAAAGUUGAUAACAAUCGUUUGGUAGUAAAAUUAACAGAUUUAACAGAUAAACUCUUUGAGGAGUUAGCAGAUAGCAAAAAGAACCUUUUAUCAAUUUUAGAAGUAAUUGGCUGUAUUUCAAAAUGUUAUUCUGGUAUUUUGAUUGGAAAUAAAACACACGAAACUGAAUUACAACGUUUAAUUACAAAACAAAUUUUACCAGGCACUUGUACCUUAGAUUUUACACAUAAAGUUGCUCUUACUAAAUCAGAAAACAACUCAAAUCACCACAGCAAGGAUGUAAUCGUUAAAAUUGCAGCCAUUCGUUGUCUUUCAAACUACUUAUUAGGUAUCCGUGAAAUUAAAGAUAUCCAUCACCAGCUUGUAAAUUCAAUGUUUGAACUCUAUGAAAAAGUUAAUACAAAUAAAUCCUAUAGUGAUGUUGAAAAAGGCCAUCUUAAACUUCAAAUUGCAAUUGGACUUUUAAAGAUUUUCCAAAAAAGUGCCUACGAAAAAGAAAUUACACCGAGCCAAUUUAUUCUACUUUGCAACAGCACAUCAAUUACAUUAAAGACCAGAAACGAUCAUCUCAUUAAGAAAAUUAUUGAAAAGCUUGCAAAAUAUCUUCGUUUAAAUAGACUACCAAUGAAAUAUAUGUGUGCUUUUGGUAUGGCCGCUCAACAACCAAAUUCCGUUUUGACAAUGGUUAGAAAGCUUUCAAAUUCAAUCAUUAAAACAAGAAGGGCAGUUAUUACACGUUUAGCACCACAAAUUACAGAUAUAAAGAAAUUGGGAGAGUUCUAUCCAGAAUCCUCAAUGCCAUAUUUUCUAUAUGUUGUUAGCCAUCGUGAGGAUUUUGCUCGUGAGAAUUAUAUCGAAUCUGCAAUUUAUCUCAACUUUUUCAUGGAUCUUUUAAUUGAAGAAUCUGAUAAUUAUUCGAUUAUACAUUCAACAUUAACCUCAAUUAAAAAAACCACAGAUGCAUUGGAGCCAAAAUCAAAGAAUCAUAUAAUAGCAGCCGAAAUAAGUCUUCAAAUUUUAGCUCAUCAACAUGAACAAAAGAAAUGGAAACCUCAAAAACAUCCAGUUGAAAUUAUUUUACCAGAUAAAUUCUUUAAACUAGCCGAAAAUUCAGCUGAUGAAAUUGUUGAAGAUGUUGCAUCAGUUAAAUUACCUAGUCUAUUACCAAAAAGAUUUAAAUUACCACCAUUACCAAAACCAUCAACUGAUUCUAGUGGACAUCAAAAUGAUGAUGAGAAAUCUAGUAAUCCAGCAAAAGGUUCAGAGGAAACAAAUGACGAAGAGGCAGAAAAAGAUAUUGAGGAACCAAAAGGAAGAGGUGGUAAAAAAGCAGCAGCCAAUAAACCAACCAAACCCACACCUGCUUCAAGCAAAAAGAAAGCUGCUGCAAGAAAAAAGAAAAAACAGGAAUCAUCUGAAGAAGAAAGUGAAGAGGAAAGUGAGGGAGAAAGUGAAGAUGAAAUCGAGGAAGAUGACGAAUAA